CUUUUCCUUUCCUCGCCUAGGAAUAGUCACAGCGCUGUAUCUCUACCCUUCCUUCUCUUCUCUUUCUUCUCGUGAAGACCAACAAAGCUUUAAAGGGAACGACGGGGUCCUGCGCUCUCGCUCCCCAGAACUUGUCCAAAAGUGUUCUACAUCUGACUGGCGGGCAAAACCUCUUCACUUUAUAGAGACAUCACCAGGCUGCGACAAGUGCCAAGUACACGAUUUCAAGGGACUUUGCUUGCAAAAUGGCUGAUAACGACGACGCUACUCUGCCUGACUUUGGCGACAAAGUCGACAUGCCGACCUUCACCCAGAUUCUGGAGAUGGACGAGGAUGAGACCGAGCGCGAGUUCUCCAAGCCGUUGGUCCUGAACUUCUUCGAGCAGGCUGAGGAGACUUUCGAGAAGAUGGAGAAGGCACUGGAAGAAAAGAACCUCGAGGACUUGUCCGGUCUUGGCCACUUCCUGAAGGGUUCCUCGGCUACCUUGGGCUUCAACAAGGUUCGAGACAGUUGCCAGAUCAUCCAGCAGUACGGUCACAAGCAGACCGUCGAUGGUGUGGACGAGCCCGACGAGAAGGUGUGCCUGAACAAGAUCACGGAUGCCAUCAAGACCCUCAAGACCGAUUUCGCCGACCUCGAGAAGGAUCUGAAGGCCUUUUUCAACGCCUCCGAUAGCAGUGAAGAGUGACAGGUCACUCGCUUCUUCUCUCUCUCUUUCUACCCGGCCUGCUGUGUGUUUUUGCCCCUUCCUCUGCUGCUAUGAGCGACGACAGCUUUGUGUCAUUACGAUAGAGUCUGUUCCCUACGCAUCCCUCUGGCAUUUUCCUGGAUACCCAACAAGGCUUUGCAGCAAAACGCCCUUCCCGGCUUCUUUAGGGUCACACGCCCUGCCAUACAUAUCCACCCUUUCAGGCUGGCACCUUGCAGAAUUGCAUUGUUUUGAUUUCCUACUACAAGGCAGUGUGUCGUUGGACUCCCAACCAGACAGUGGUUUCUCUGCGCACGCUUGCAUCGAAAGCAGAAAAGAAAAUACAAAGUAAGACUGGAAAAGGAGAAAGGAGAAAAAGGCAGGGAUGAGAAUCAUCACACGCCAACAGGUUCGAAGGGAGAAUCUGUCCAGCUCUAACGAAUGCAUCGGGGAGGUUCGGGUGUUCGAUGUUACUGGUUCCAGGUAGUGACUAGUGGAUGCUUUUGAAUUCUACUCGAACAACUUUGGAUACAAUGAAGCCCGGCCACCUAUGAAC